AUGUGCAGCUACCGAGACCACGUGCAAGUUGCCGCCAACGUGGGGACGACGCCAAGGCAAGAGCUGUUCUCGCUGGCCGACAGGUGGGGUUUAAGGCACAACACCAUCGACUUCGCCCGGCGGCUCGACUGUGAGGACCCGCUGAGGGAAUUUCGCGAAUGCUUCGUCAUCCCCAAGGUUGCCGACUUGACCGGAGUGGAUCCCGAGUUCAUCCAGUCUACGGAGCAGGAAUGCAUCUACAUGAGCGGCCACCAGUGCGGCCCCAAGCCAAAAGCUGUGGACGGCGAGUUUCAGAAGGUCCUGGACGACUGGGGAAAGAGGGCCGUGCAGUGUUUCCGGCAAGGCCACCUACCGGUUUCAACGGCCGACUUGUACCCGAAGCAGCUCAUGGCUGAUCUCGUGGGGGCCGAUUGUGAUGAGAUCGUUUUCAUGAACGGGCUCACCGUCAACCUGCACUUGCUCAUGAUGACGUACUACAGACCAGAAGGGACAAGAACCAAGCUGGCCGUGGAAGAGGAUGCGUUUUCAACAGACAUGUAUGCUGCGCAGUCCCAGGUGAGCCACCAUGGCCUCGACCUGGCGUCCAACCUGAUCCUCCUGCGCUCGAGAAAGGGCGAUGAGCUGCUCAGAGAAGAGGACAUCUACGACGUCAUCGAGAAAGAGGGUGACACCAUCGCUCUCCUGCUCCUGUCCGGAGUGCAGUACAAGACGGGCCAGGCUCUGGACAUCCGGGGAAUCACAAGAGCCGCUCGCAAAAAGGGUUGCGUCGUGCUGUGGGACUUGGCUCACUCCGUCUGCAACACCGAGCUGAGGCUGAACGAAUGGGAGGUUGACCUGGCCGCCUGGUGCACGUACAAGUAUAUGAACUGUGGCCCUGGCUGCACGGCGGUGGCGUACGUGAGCCACAAGUUCCGCAAGGCUUGCGACCGGCUGCCGGAGCUGAGAGGCUGGUGGGGCAACGACGCCGAGACUAGACUACUCAUGAAACGCGAAUUCGACCCUUUCCCAUCGGCCGACAUGUUCAAGAUGUCCGCCGGUUGCCCCAUUCUGAUCGCGCCAAUCAUGACAAACCUGCAGAUAUUCAGCGAGGUCGGAGAGCCGAACCGCCUGCGCAAGCAGUUCCUCCUGACCGGCUACAUGGAGCUCCUGUUGACGGACGUGCUCGGUGCGAGCCACGACCUUGAAGACACUACGCGCCCCGUUCACCUUCUCACGCCAGCCGACGUGGGGUGCAGAGGCAGCCAGCUCAGUCUCCACUUCGCCGCGCCCUACGACGCCAGUUCCGUGUUUCGAGAGCUUCUGCGACGAGGCAUCAUCGGUAACCUGCUCCCGCCGUCGGUACUCCGCUUGACGCCGGUUUCUCUGUACAACACUUUCGAAGACGUGUACAACUGCGUACACGCGCUGGAGGAGACCUGCAACCAGUUAAGCUCAGAAGGAACGCCCUACCUUAACGGCGACUAAGAACUGUUUGUGCAUAUAUUGUACAUGCGCGCGUGCAGCCGUAUGUGACCUGAAAGGGGUCGUCGAUGAUUCAGUAGAGAGAGGGUGUAAGGUCGUUGUGAAUGUUCGGCUUGGUGAAGCCCAUAUGUGCAUUAUUUUCGUUGCUUAAGUGCGUGCUUCCCCGACGUCUCUGAGGCCCACUCUGUUUUUGUGUAUGUGUUUCAUGGCAAUGUUGUGCUGUUGGCUCGCACCCUGGCCGCUUCCAGAGAGCGCCUGCUUUGGGAAGGCGGUGGCCGGACGCUGUUCGGCGAAAAAGGGAGCGGCAGGGGUUCUCGCGCACUGGUUCUGGCGAGGGCCAUAAAUCGCGCAGCGAGCCGCUGAAGCGGCAUCUGGAGAAGGGAGUAAUUGGGGAGUGUUUUGCCUCGGGCCGAGGCGCCGCGGGGGGGGGGGGCUCGAACGGCGGCCACCGCCGGUGCGAGUUACGCAGCCCGGGGACAUGGUCCCGCGGCUGGCUGGGGGGUGAUAAUGGGCGCGGCUGAGCGGGCAGUGUGAGCUGAGGCCUGAGAGACGACGGACCGCUCUCGUCAGGUGCCCGAUCGGAGCGACGGACUGCUCCGAGGCCUUGCUCAGCCGCAUUCGUAAAUGUGAAGCCAUUUUCCUUGUUUGCUUGUAACUCCUUGUACUCCAUGUAACCGUUGCUAUCUGCCUGUAAAUAAACAGUUCGAAUGAUUGACAUCAAGCAUCGUUAGUGCCGAGAUACCGAAGCAGAGAGCAGGGAAUCGGCUCAGGAAGAGCCGAGAGUGAACAACAACCACAAAGAAGGAAGAACCCGGCGGAAGAGGAAGAGAAGAACUUUACUGAGGGCAUAAAAAAAUGCCGUCAGCUGGUGAUAUCUGCAGGAGGAGAUCCGGCUGCUGCUGCUUCUUCGUCUCGGAAGAUGUGGGAUAAAAUGGAAGAGCGACUGCUUCACUCAACAACUGCGAGCGGGUCAACGCGAUGGAACCAGGAUAGGCGUUGAGACAGGAGAAUAUCAUCAACCAACAUUCUUAUACAGAUAUUGCGACCAAAACGCAUUACAUCCUUUGCAUAAAUUGCGAGGCAAUGUCUUGGUCGACUGCAUUUUGUUUAAAAAUACUUUAUUUAACCACGUCCCAAACCUGAUUAAAUUAUGUGCUUAAAUGAACAAAACUGUCGCGCUGGUCCCAUUGCAGUUGCAUUCAGCGUUUUGGCGGCUAUAGCUGCCAUUUGCUUCUGCGUUGCUCUUACGGGCCCGUGUUCACAAAGCUUCUCUUGCAGAAGCGCCUCAUGCAAUUGGCCGUCGCAGAGACGUGUCGUUUUGCCUCUGUCAAGGUGAAAUUAUAAGUUAUUGACCCCGUCUGACCUUUUCUUGCUCUUGGUGUGUACCGCAAGCAUUUUGUGAUACAAGUGUACCAGAAUGCCGAAAUAAAAAUGAAUGAAUGAACCACA